UCUAAACGAAACUACAAUAUUAUAUUAAAUAGAAAAAUAUUGUUGAAGUUUUGGUAGGACAUUAACGCUGCGAAGCAGCAUUGGAGAAUCAGUAUACGAAGAACGUUAAGAACGACUUGAUAGACUUAGUGAAUCACGUAUAAACGCCUUCAAAUCAAAGUUAUUUUGAGGAGCUCGUUGGAAGAAAUGCUGGAGUCUCUCAGGCAAAGGCAGGGGAAUGAGAAGCCGAGAGACUUACCACCUGAGCUGCCAGCCAGGCCGAGGGUGAAGGCCAAAACUAGGCCGCCAUCCGUCAGAAAACCAUUGCCAAUAAUCUCCCCAAGAGGUAAUGAUUUCUUUAAAAAAGAAGAGGUUAAAAGGGUGAGAGGGAAUAGUUUUGAUGAAAUGAAGGAAAAGAAGCCGGACGAAUCGCCUAGCCUCAUGUCUCCACAAAGGAAAGAUUCGAAACGGACGUCAGAACGAAUGCAGGAUGAACCAAAGUACGCAGUUUCAUCUAAGGACUCCUUUCCCAUCUUCCCCGAGACGGAUUCAGAUGAGAGUGUUGGUUAUUUCUUCAAAAAGAAACUUCGUAUUUGGUGUCACCUACAAAAUGGGAAGUGGGAAUUAGGGCAGAUACAAUCAAAUUCAGGAGGGAAAUAUGUUGUAAUUCUUUCAGAUGAAAGUAGUGUGACAGUUCCCAAACCAGACCUCUUACCAGCAAAUCCGGACAAUCUUGAGGGAGUUGAUGAUCUCAUUCAACUCAAUCAUCUUAAUGAGCCAUCAGUUCUUCACAACUUGCAAACCAGAUACUCUCGUCAAGAAAUAUAUACUAAAGCUGGUCCAGUUUUAAUAGCGAUCAAUCCUUUCAAUGAUGUCCAAGUGUGUGGGGAUGCAUAUGUUACAGCUUACAGGAAGAAGCUAGUGGAUAAUCCUCACGUGUAUGCUACUGCUGACACUGCCUAUAAUGAAAUGAUGGAAGGUGGGAUGAACCAGUCUAUCAUCAUCAGUGGGGAAAGUGGGUCAGGAAAAACAGAAACAGCCAAAUUUACUAUGCAAUACUUGGCUGCUCUUGGUGGAGGAAGCAAUGGGAUAGAGUAUGAGGUGAUGCAGACAAACUGUAUAUUAGAGGCAUUUGGAAAUGCAAAAACAUCCAGGAAUGACAACUCCAGUCGUUUUGGAAAAUUGACUGAAAUUCAUUUUAGUGCAGCUGGAAAAAUAUGUGGGGCCAAACUAAAUACUUGUAAGCAUGCAUAUAUCUACAAGUUGGAUGAGAAACUUCAUUCUUAGAUACAGGUCCUAAUCAUGGGUCUCGCCUUUUUUUUAAAAAUAAUCUUUUCUAUUCCAA